AUGGCAUUUUUCGUCGUGGAACCAAAAGAUGACGUCCGUCGGACCGCGUCCUCGAAGCCAUCACCAACACCACACCCACUCGAGCAAGUCCACUCUGUCGCAGUAGGGGCAAAGUCCGCCAAUGUUGACGAGACAGUGGGGCUCCUACAUGGUGAGCAGCCAUUGACCCGCGUCCGGUUGGGCGUGAUUGGUCGAAACAACAUCAUCGAAACACCACACCCACUCGAGCAAGUAGUCCACUCUGUCGCAGAAAAGUCCACUGAUUUGGAUGAGACAGUGGGACUCCACCUGCGUGGCGAGCAGCUCUUGACCCGCAUCCGGUCGGGUGUGAUUGGUCGAAACAGCGUCAUCGAUACCCCGUUCGGGUCGCGCCCCCUCGUGUAUGCAGACUACACCGCGAGUGGUCGAUCCUUGAAAUGCAUCGAAGAUUUUAUCCAGAAGGACGUGAUGCCACAAUACGCCAACACCCACACCACGACCUCGAUCACAGGACUGCAGUCCACGUGCUUUCGUGAGGAGGCCCGCCAGAUCAUUGCGCAAUGCGUCAACGCCGACGACGACGAAGACCUGGUCUUAUUCACGGGGAGUGGUAGUACCAGCGCCAUCCACAAGCUCGUGCAAGCGCUCGGACUCCACGUUCGUCGCCCCAAGAGCCGUCAGAUGAAACCCGUCGUGUUUGUCGGCCCCUUUGAGCACCUUUCGAACAUCUUGCCAUGGCGAGAGAGCGACGCCGACGUCGUCCAGAUCGCCGAAACCGCCGACGGCGCCGUCGACUUGGCCAUGUUGGAGCUCGAGCUGGUCAAGCACAAAAACCGACCCAUGAGAAUUGGGUCGUUCUCGGCAGCGUCCAACUUGACGGGGGUGCUCACGGACGUCGAUGCCAUCACGUGCAUCCUGCAUCAACAUGGAGCGCUGUCGUUUUGGGACUACGCGGCGGCCGCGCCGUAUGUACCCUUGGACAUGAAUCCCAAACUCAAUGUCGACGAAGCGUUGCAACCGUUCGUGUACAAAGACGCGAUCUUUCUAUCGGGACACAAGUUCCUCGGCGGGCCGGGCACCCCGGGUGUGUUGGUCGUGAAGAAGCGCCUGAUUGGGGACGUUCCCACGGUUCCUGGCGGCGGCACGGUGUUUUACGUGACAACAGAAGACCACAGGUACGUGUCGAGUGCUGAAGCGAGGGAGGAGGGCGGCACCCCCGACACGUUGGGCUCUAUCCGGCUCGGGCUGGCAUUUGAAAUCAAGCAGCGCAUCGGCCACGAAACGAUCCUCGACAUCGAACACCGCCACGUCCAACGAGUGAUCUCCCGCCUGCAAAACCACAGCCACAUUGUCUUAUUAGGACAUGCCACGGUGACCCGCCUGCCUAUCUUUUCGUUCCUCAUCCGAGCCGGGUCUCGAUUCCUGCACUACAACUUUGUGUGCGCGCUACUGAACGAUGUUUUUGGCAUCCAGUCCCGCGGGGGCUGCCAGUGUGCCGGACCGUACGGCUCGCGACUUCUAGGCCUCACUUCCAGCGACCAUGAAGCGUUGAAAGCUGCGCUGAAAGACGAGUCUAAGCUGCUGCGUCCUGGCAUGUCGCGCGUGAGCUUUCCCUACGCCAUGGACGACACAGAAGUCGACUACGUAUUGGCGGCGAUGGAUUUUGUGGCAACCGAAGGCUGGAAAUUUCUACCUCAAUAUGAAUUCAACCACGCUUCUGGCGAGUGGAAGCACCGAACGCGCGUAACAACGUUUCCGACGCGAAAAUGGCUCAUCAAGGCCGCCUUUUUUACUGAGAAGAAUGCUGGACCUGACGUUCCCGCGUCACCUCUUGCCACGUACAAUGAGUACUUGGACCAGGCCCAUAUUCUGGCGGACCAAGCCUUGGCCGAUGCGUGUUGUGGUCCAGAAUUCCAGAUGGAGGCCACCAAGGAGGCGCUGCGGUGGUUCGUGUACCCAUCGGAAGUCCAGGUUGCCAACAACUUUCAGCACCAGUCGUUUCCACUUAAAGUCCUCGUUGGCCCUAUUCAGCCGCACAAAUAUGGAAGUGAUGCGGCCACGCCACCACCAUCCGAUACUGGUAGGCGCCGCGCCCUAUUCUCCCGCGCGAUUCAAGGAUAUCGCGCGAUUCAAGGGUAUCGCUCGAAGUUUGUGCUUGUGUCGUCAUACUACUCUGGUCCAAAAUAGCUGUCAUGUUAGACUCCAAAAUGGAGUAUGUUGUCUCAAAUUUACUCGUUUUCG